UCAAGUGCUACAAAACAAGACUUAUAUUUUAACUUACAGGUAUUUCAUAAACGCGAAGUUCCUUUGACGUAUAACUUCUGGUUAUCCACCGACAGAAAGCAAAGACAGACAAGAAAAUUUGUAAACCAUUAAUUGAUGUUAAACAUCUCUAGGUAUUCAUUUCGAGUUUUCUUUUAUUUCGAAUGUUUAUUUGAAAAGUGUGGCGUAAGCAAACCAAGAAAGAUUGGAUCAAAGUGUUCUCGGAAAGUGAAAUCAGAACUGUACAGAUCCUCGACAGUUUCAGAAAUCGAUCACAGAUUGUGAUGGUAUGAUUGCAAUACUUAUGUGAAAAGGAAUUACAUGAUAGGAAGAGGCAGACCUCAAUGCGUUUUGCAUCCCGAUUUUUUCUUUUCAGCCAUUGGGAAUUACUGGACAUUAAUUGAAUUAUGGAUUGUGUUCACUUCAUUAAUAUACAUUAAGUUUAUGUGUUAGGUGCCUGGAAUAAUAGAAAUACUAAUGAAUAUUCGGCUCGUGGUCAUAUUCUAGCCAACGGAAAAUUUUAAAUACGUCACCGGAUUUGUAUGCGUUCCAAAGAUCGCUAAGAAAGAUUGAACAAAUAACGGACUGACUUUGGAGUUUUUUUAAGCAAACAAAAUGUCUCAAAAACGAUUUACGGGGGCUCGAAUUGUGUUACUAGGGGCCAGCGGUGUCGGAAAAACAGCUUUUGCAGUCCGAUACAUUACUAAGAGGUUUAUUGGAGAUUACGACAGGGAUAAAGAGAUGGUGUACACACGUCACCUUCCUACCCCAAGAGAUGAAAUUACCCUGGAUAUCCUCGACACCGGCGCAAAGCUGUCCACGGAAACAAUCGAAAAGCACACCAAAUGGGGUGACGGCUAUAUUCUCAUCUACUCCCUCACAGAUCGUGCAAGUUUGACUUACUUAUCAGAGGUCAAGGACAUCAUUACAAAGGUCAAAGGUUGCGACUGUCCUUUGACUUUGGUGGGAAACAAAAGUGACCUUAUUUCUGCACGUGAAGUAAAUGAUGAGGAAUCGAGUGAUUUUGGACAAAAAUUUGAUUGUCCUAAAUUUGAAAUAUCCGUUGCAGAGACCAGUCAAGGGGUGCUGGAAGUUAUGGAUGAAAUAAUGUGUCAAAUCAAGCGUGACUUUGUGAAAAAUAUGAAUACUUCUAAUCAACUGGCAAUAGCUGAUAAUAAGCCCCGCUCAAAACUUUACAGCAUGAAGAAAGCAUUUAAGAAAAGAAUAAAUCGUAGCCAUAGCGAUACAUUUUAGUGAAGCCAUACAAACACCAUUUAAUGACAAAACAUUUGAAUAAGUAUUACAACGGUUUGGUGCCAUACCAUACGUGCUUUUUUCAGAUAUUGUAUCUGCAUAAUUAUGUAUAAUAUACGCUCGUUCAUCAGUUUAUAAGUGCAACUACUGCUUCGAUUAGGAAAACAAUCAACAUUUUUAAACAGUGUUUGAACAAUUACCAUUGUUUUUAUGCAAGUUUUGUGUUCGAUAUAAUAAUUGCAAUUUGUAUCGAAGCACAUUUUUGACGAUAUUAUUGUAGUUGUUUACUUUAACAUUUUUUUUUUACA